AUGUCCAAUUCCACUUCAACCCUCCAUGGCUGGGUGGAUCAGCCAAAUAACCGCGGGACUUUUGACAUCAUUUCGAGUUGCUUCUUAACCAUAUUUCUGUGCACAUGGACGUGCCUCCAUCUCAAUGUUCCCGCUUCAAAAGAGGGCACUUGGAGACCCGUCUUGAGGAAAAGUCGCUGGAUGGUGUUAACCAUACUUGGACCCGAGUUCGCCGUUGCCUUCGCCGCAGGGCAACGAGCCAACGCAAGGCGUGCACUUGACACUAUGAGAGGGAUGGGUUACUCCGAAUGGACUCUACGUCACAGCUUUUAUGCCAAUAUGGGUGGAUUUGUUUUGCAAGCACGUGACAGUGCACCAUUUCCCAUCCAUGGACUGCACCUUAUUUACCUACUAAAAGAGGGUUAUUUGGAUCUUCCAGAGAUCACUUCGGAGGAGAUCUCGGAUAAGAGCAAAGCCAAUUUACUUGCUAAAGCUCUGGUGUGUCUGCAAACUGGCUGGUUCGUGGUGCAGUGCUUCGGUCGUCUGGCUCAAAGCCUCCCAUUGACAACACUGGAACUCGUAACCAUCAGUUACGUAUGGUGCACAUGGGCUAUCUAUGCACAAUGGCUCAAGAAGCCUCUUGACGUCACAGCGCCUACGGUUCUCAGGACCCAAGCGAGUACCGCAGAAAUCCUGCUCAAGGCCGGUCCUGCAGCUUCCCAGCCAUAUCGUCAAACUCCCCUCGACUUUGUCUGGGACGGUCGCGUUUCGUGGACUCUGGAUGUGCAACCGUUCCUUCACUUCCGUGUUGAUCCUCGCAAGAGACCUAUGCCACGUAUACUGAACGAUAGCAUGCCAUGGUUUGACACAGCUGUUGAUGCUGCAGUGUGUAUUUUCGUGACUUGUAUUCUAUGGUGCCAUCCACAUGUUUGGCUGGAACCUGCUUUUCCCGACUCGAACGGAGAAGACUCUGUGGCGUCUAGCCGCGCUCGUUCUCUUAUGCACUACAGUGAUAUUGUGCGUGUGGGAAUUGCUGUGGGGUAUCUUUCGUGCAGCGUAUCUCCUACACAUCAACAAAAAGAAAAUGAGUUUUAG